GGGUAAGGGUGACGUGAGAGUGGGUUGUCACACUGUUCCCCUGACGUGUGUCAGCUGCUGACACCAGCCGUUUCGCUGGGACCACGUCGAGGAGAUUUGGCGUGUCCCCGGCCGAGUUGUCGGUGGGAGUAUCAGGGGAAGGAUGUUUGUUGUUCACGGAGGCUUUUAUCCCUUUGCAGUUACCUGGGACUCGGGCUGAUGUCAGCAAGGCUCGCCAUUUUAGGAGGAGUUGAGGGAAAACCCUUAGGAGAAGGGGAGGAAUUGGUCAGCCCUUGUUUACCACCUGGCUUCAAAUCUGAAUGGCAACAUGCAGAGAUAGUGUACAAAAUUAAAGGACAGAAGGCAGGUGAGCCUCUGUAUGAGUCCUGUUCUAACAAAGUGGCAAAGAUGCUGUACAAAAAAGUCCAUAAAGCUGAGGAAGUGAAGGACUUGGAUUUUUACACUUUCUCCUACUACUACGACCGUGCGGCAGAGGUUGGUCUCAUAGACAAAGAAAAAGGAGGAAGCUUAACUGUUGGUGACUUUGAAAUCGCAGCUAAAUACGUGUGUAAGACCAUGGAAAUCAGCCCCGGAAGCAGCCCUUUUCUCUGCAUGGACCUCACAUACAUCACCUUCCUCCUGCAAGAGCUGGGCUUCCCCAAGAGCCAGGUCUUUAAGCUUGCCCGGAAAAUUAACAAUGUGGAAACGAGCUGGGCGUUGGGAGCCACUUUUCAUUACAUCGACUCGCUCAACAGACUGCAGUACUGAAGCUCCUUGAAGUGCAGAGGGCAGCCUCUAUAGAGGAAGCCUUGAUUUGACGGCAUCUGCAGUUGGCUUGAUGUGAAGUUUGAUCAUCGUUGAAGGAAAACCAGGAGCCUGCAGGACAUCUAUGAUCUCUAUGAGAAAAACACACCUUUUUUUUUUUCGGAAUGUGCCCAUACUGUGAGCUUGUGCUGUGCCGAAGUCGCUGUAGGAAAUGGUCACUCCAGAAAGGAACUCUUUACCGUCCUGACCUCAGGGUGGUUUUUUUUCCUGUUUGUCAGCAUUUUUUGCCCGUGACGAGUUUUAUUUUACUACUUCCGUGUUUGAAGGUGAACUUUGUGUGCGUGUGUGAGGCAGCAGCGUCGAAAUGCCCAGUGGAAGCCUCAGCCCUGAUUUCUGCAAAGCUCGGGGGCUCUCCAGAAACUGGAUACGGACUCGGAGGCAGGAAUUGGGGCCCCCUACGCCCCGUAGGGUUAAAGCUUACACCCUGAUGUUGGUUCCCUGGCCGUUGGGAGACAUGGGUGGUGGAAGAUGACGUCAGAUUUGCCAGAUUUGGAGGAGAAAGGCCUGGGAGUUGGGUAGAGGGCUGACGAUGGGUUUGACAGCUCUGAUGGAUUGGGCUAAGAUCGAUGAACGAGGCAGGGGCACAAAAAUAAACCCCCGACGCGGCUCGUUUGGACCUCACAGGCGUUUGUGCCCUGGCAAGGUGGAUGCAGGGCUCGGGAUGGAUGGAUUUAGGUGGUUGGUUUGGGUGCCGGCUUCCUGCAGACGCAUCUCACUUUGAAAAAUGAAUGUAUUGUGGUCACAGCGAGCCGUGGCCGGGUAGCUGCUAUGCACCACUCCAGCAGAGUCCUGUCCGCCGGCUUGGAAGGGAUCUCGGGGGCAGUGGGAGCUGGAGAGGACAUGCUGCACUGUUUGUAAUCUACGUGUGGAAUCAUGAUGUAUUUGUGUGGAUGUUUAGAGAGGACCCCAGUGGUCUUUUGGGGGAUGCAAAAGAGCCAGUGGUGCGUGCCGCGACUUGUGGGUUGGUGGCCACAGCCUGGUCCCCUUCCCCAGGGCAGCGAGAGGUGGCACAGUGGCAUGUGGUGCUGCAUGGCUGCUGCCUCUGCAGCUGAGCCUACAGGGGACACUUGAACCCCGCUGUGCUGACAAUAAAACCCCAAUUUAAAACAAAAA